CUAAUGUCGGUUUCCGUGUAAAGAUUUAAUUUGGAUUAUUUUCUGUAAGUCAGAUGGAGGAGAACGGCACAGACAUGCAGACUGAGUCGGAGCAGUGUGUAUAUACGUGUGCGAGACAGAAGCUGGAGAAUCUGCUGAAUAAGAGCAUGAAGAUCCGUAUGACGGACGGGAGAACGCUGCUCGGCCUUUUCCUCUGUACUGACCGGGACUGUAACGUCAUUCUGGGCUCCGCUCAGGAGUUCCUCAGAACCACCGACUCGUUCUCUCAGGCUGAGCCACGUGUUUUGGGGUUAGCGAUGAUUCCUGGUCAUCAUGUGGUGUCUAUUGAAGUUGAGAGUGAGAGUUUACAGAGCCAAGGCCUCUGAGCAGGGCAUCAUGGGAAAUGGACUUUUACUGUCAGGGUGCGGCGUCAAAUGUGUGUGAGGACACGGGACAACAUGGACACUAAUGAGAGACAUGGGUCUUGUAUUCACACCCAACGCCGUGUGUGUGUGUGUGUGUGUGCGUAUGUGUGUGUGUGUGUGUGUGUAGCUGUGUUAAUAAACCCCAGUGAGA